AUGCCAUCCUCCAUCCCCUGGGUUCUCCUCCUGCUGGCAGGUCUGUGCUAUCAGGUUCCUGGCUCCCUGCUCGCCCCCAGGCAGGAUCACAGUCUCCAUCAGCAUGGACGCUUCCCCAACAUAGCCACCAAACUGGACAACUUUGCCUUCAGCCUGUACCGCAGACUGGCCCCAAAAUCCAACAACAACAUCUUCUUCUCCCCCGUGAGCAUCGCUACAGCCUUCACAAAGCUCUCCCUGGGGACCAAAGGGAACACUGGCACCCAGAUCCUACAGGGCCUAGAUUUUAACUUCAAGGAGACAGCUAAGGCCAAUACCCACAGCUUGCAGCAUUUCCUUGACACCUUCAACUUGUCAGCCAGCCAGUUCCAGCUGACCAGCACAAGUGUGUUAUUCAUGGAUAAAAAUCUGAAGCAAGUGCAUGAGUUUUUGGAGGAUGUCACAAAGCUGUAUCACUUCUCCGUCAACUUCAGAGACACAGAGGAGGCCACGAAACAGAUCAACCAGUACAUAGAGAAGGGAACCCAAGGAAAAAUUGUGGAUUUGGUCCAAGAUCUUGACAGAGACACAACUCUUAUUCUGGUGAAUUACAUUCUCUUUCCAGGCAAAUGGGAGGAUAACUUCAAGUUUGAGCACAUCGUGGAAGGAAACUUCUACGUGAGUGAAAACACCAAAAUCAAGGUGCUCAUGAUGAGCCGCCUGGGCAUGUUUGACCUCCACUGGGAAAAGGAGCUUUCCAGUUGGCUGCUGAGGCAGAGCUGCCAGGGCAGAGUCAGCGCCUUCUUGAUCCUGCCCAACCUCAGGAAGAGGCAGCAGCUGGAGAGCAAGCUGGCCAAGGAGGUCCUGGCCAAGUUCCUGGAAAAAAGACAAGCCAGGUCUGCCAGUUUGCGCUUGCCCAAACUGUCCAUCUCUGGAACCUACGAUCUGAAAAGCGUCCUGAGCAAAAUGGGCAUCACCAAGGUCUUCAGCGCCGAGGCUGACCUCUCUGAGAUCACUGAGGAAGGGCCCUUGAUGCUGUCCAAGGCCAUGCAUAAGGCUAUGCUGAGCAUCGAUGAGAAUGUAACAGAAUAUUCUGGAGUCAUCCCUUCAGAAGAGAACACCUGGUCUAAGCAUCUGUCCAUCUUGUUCAACUGGCCCUUCUUAGUCAUCAUCAAGGAUGAGAACACCAACAUUCCUCUCUUCAUGGGAAAGAUGGUGAACCCCAUGCAGAAAUGA